CCUUGUGAGAGUUGAUUAGUUGGCGCGGGAAAACUGAAAAACGCCAACUCAGAACGUUGCCGGUCUUCUCUCCAGAGUGCCGGAGUCGCGACCUUCUUUCUUCUGUUCUAUUUUUCUCUCUUUUUCUUCCAUGAAGACUCCAUUGCCCGUGUAUAAACACUUAACCAGUUGCGACCCAAACCGAGCUUGGCUUCAAACCUCUUCCCAAUUUGGUGUAUCGUUUCCGAAUCGGCAUAGUUGAGAGCAGAAAUCAUGGAAGAAAACCAAAGAAAAAGAAAAAACAGAAUGGGAUGGAAUUACCCAGACAUAUCGUUGGAAGAAAUGAUGAAACUGAUAAAAGGGUUUGUAGAUAUACUUAUUUUAGCAUCUGGGUAUCAAUCAUCUGGUCUUCUUGCCCACUGGGACUCCGACAACAUCAAGCGAGCCUUUCAAUGGGCUCUCUUCUUUGAAAACGUUUUUAGGCGUUUGAGCAGCUUGGAUGUUUACCGAGAGUCUUUAGAGGAACUUGAUGCAGCGCUAUUCGAAAUGGCAUCCCAUCCUUCCUUCCCUCAGGGUCUUGCACAUUUAUCAUCCGCUACUCUUAGAAGGGCAAGAUGUUAUAUGUUGGAACACUUACUUCGUAAUUUACCAUUGAGGGAUUCACAUCUUAAAGCAGUCUUGACAGCAACUAUCGAGAUGGACCUUAGUGCACUUUCAGAGACAGAACAUGACUGUCUCAAUGCGUAUUUGAAUAAGUUGACACUGCAAAAUAGACUCUGUACGGGGGAUUUGAUUACUUCAUCUCUAGAUGUAACUCCAACCGUGGAAACUGAAGACUCUGGCAGUGAUAAUUUUACUAAACUUGCUGUUCAGGAACUCUUCAGGAGGCAAUCUUCAGUGUCAUGCAUAUCAACUAUUGAGGAAGGAUUGGAUAUUCUUUCAAAAGCUGUAAGACAGAGCAGCUGGACUGAAUCUGACUGUAGCUUAUUUAGAGAAAAAAUGAAGCAUGAAAGUCUUCCAGCUUUACUGCAGAGUGCAGAUGCAUCAGUUGCUGUGUUCACAUGGAACCAGUGGAAGUCAAGGGCUUUGUCAUAUUUUCUUGAUAAGAGAACUAUUAGAUUGGUUUCUGGUGCCAGUUUAAUAUUUUCAGGCACUGAGGUACAAUGGGGGAAAGUGUUUGGACAGCUGAACUUUUCUGAAAAAGAUAGCAACUGUGAUAUACAUGAGGCAAUUGAGCUUUUAUUACUUGGAUGCAUUGCAAGCAGAUGGAAUUACAUAAUUGAACACUUAACUUCAGUAUCUUAUGAUUCUGUUACCAUCUCAAAGCAAUGUCACAUGCUUGCUAACUCAGACUUUGGAAAAUCUCAAAGUUUUCAUCAAAAAGAGGAUAUAAUGAAAUCAAAGGAAGCUGGCAUUCUCGAUUUUCUGAUGGGACUCUUGGGUGGUCAAGUUCAUCUGUUGUGGAAAUCAUCCGCUGCCCUUGCAGCAAUUUCACUUCCAUCCUGGUCACCCUUAUUUAGACUUUACCUGAGUGAAAUAGAGACUCAAUUCAAAGGAAAUCCUUCCGCCAUGAGAUGCUGCAGUUGUAUUCAAGAUUGGAAUGAGCAUAAAGACUGUGAGUAUAUUCAGUUCUCAAUCUUCAUAUUCUUUUCAUGGAUGCUUUUAUACAGCAUCACGAUGUGCAAUGUAAAUUUUAUGUGCCUUGCUGAAACUAUAUACCAAAUGCCACAAGGUUUAACUAGCUAUUAGGCGGGUGGCCUUAUGAUCUUGUUCAAAGCAGACCUUGAGCAAUUAAUUUGUUGAAGUACAAGCCUAAAACUUAGAGGGUUACUUUUCUGCAUAUGCAUGGUACUUAUGCAAUUUCGUCAUUUUUGUCAGUCAACUCUCAUUGUCAACAAUUAUGAUAUCCCAAGCUGUUUAUAAUUGCUUUACUUGUUCCCUGCAGGUGAAAAUUAAGAAAUAAGUAAUUAAGGUUCUUGUUUAAUAGUUAGGUAGCUUUCACAGAAGCAGUUAUUGACUGUAUUUAUGAUUAAAGCAAGGCCAGUGUUUGCUACUCGAAUGCACAUUGCCUAGCUGUUGGCAUAAGGUGGCCUGUGCUUAUGGAGAUCUCUUGAACAAAUUAUAGUACCAAUGGCAUACCAAAACUUGAAUCAUGUUUAUGUGAUGAAAGCCACAAGUAUAACAUCGGCAAGUGACAUAGGUCCGUUAGCUACAUGAAGAGUGAAAUCCUGGAUGCAAACAAACCUUACAUCCAGUGUAUGGGUAAUCAACAUAAGGACAACAGGAACUUACUCAUUAUCAUUUCCAGCUAUCUGUUUCUUCUUUAUUGGAUAUUCUCUGCUUUAUGCCAACUGAAAUAGAUCACUCUAAUCUUUGUUUUUUUUUUUUUUGAAAGGCACUCUAAUCUUUUUUUGGAUAUUGGACAUCAAAUACAUGA